AUGAACCUGGCUUUCGUUGCUCAAGUUGUACUAGUGUUGCUAGUAUGUGAACAGCGAGUGGAUUCUUCAUAUAAAAGAGGAUUUGGAAUGUAUUAUAAUUAUUAUGAGUGUGGAGAUACCUACGCAUUAAAUAAUACAUAUUGGUGGUACAAUUGGCAUUAUAAUUUUACUAAAGAUGUAACAUAUCACUGUCCACGACGUACCAGAGGUGAAUAUCUUCCUAUGAUAGCUAAUGAAGCCGACACAUUGGAUGCUGAAAUACCACCAGAGAGUAAAUACGUCCUUGGUUUCAAUGAACCCAACGAAGCGGAUCACAUGUCUCCUGAAUGGUGUGCUGAACUCUGGCCUCGUGUUGAGAAAAUAGCAGGGGGUAGAAUAUUGGUCAGCCCAGCUCUAGCCGCUUGUGACAUUUACCCUGAUAUGUGUAUAGAUUGGUACGAGCGAUUCUUCAAAGCUUGUCCGGGUUGUCGAGUUGACAAAAUAGCGGUUCAUGGUUACCAUUGUGUACCUUAUGAAUUACUCCAAUCGUUAGGGAAAAUAUCAUCCCAUUUUAAUCGACCAAUUUGGUUAACAGAAUUUGCUUGUCAUGGUAACGUUUCCAGUCAAGAUCAGAUUAAUUUUAUGAAUAUUGCUCUUCCUCUUCUAGAACAAGCUUCUUUUGUAGAAAGAUACGCUUGGUUUAGUCAACGUAAUAAGCAAGCAACAACUUUUAUGCCUAAUUUUAGUAGUAAUCUGUUAAAUUUAAAGAGUCCCACCCUAACUUCUGUGGGGUUAUUCUAUAAUGAUUACAAGUAA